AAAAGUAUAUAAGACAAUGUAAAAAAAAAAUAGUGUAAAAAUCAUAACUUUGUAACAUUAUUCAUUGAUUAACAAAUAAGAAAUACAAAAUAAAAGCAAUCCUAUUUAAAAACAUUUUUAAACUUCUAGUCAUUUGUAGCACUAUUUCACAAAAUUUCCAACUUAGUGGCUGGUUUUGCAACGCUGCCUGGUUCUUGGGGUCGCCAAACGCUCAACCUCAUGUUCGCGCUCUGCGCUCGGUUCGGGAUAUCCGUAAUUUGCUUCGUGAACCAUUUUUUUACACUCUACCGGCAUCCUCUGUACAGGAUACAGAACAUGACUAUUUCUACAAGGAUAAUACCUGUUAUCCCCACCAGAGCAGUUGUAUCUGUCGUAGUAACGCCACCUUGGUUUACUAAAACUUCCUCUUUUGAUGACUGGUUACCCAUUUUAAUUUAUUAAUUUAUAGAACGUGUUAUUUAUUUGCCUUAUGAAUUUAGAAUGUCUACAAUUUAGUAAAUUAUUAUAAUUAAUUUAUUGCGAAAUACUUUGUACUGUGCAAAAGAUAUCGUUUUUCUAUUCACCUACUUAUGCCCGGUUCCAAAAAAUAACGAAUCGUCAUUGUAUUAUAACAACUAAUCGUAAUCAUGCUACCAAUACGUAGGCGUAUAUUAGCGUUCCACAACUAUUUUACUUGCCGCGUUACCUACGAGCAUCCGUUGGCGCGCUGCUUACUAACGAAUCCCUCUGCGUUUCGUUAAUGCAAAUGAUUGUGUCACAAAGAUCCUUUAAAAAUAAAAACUCUUUUCAAAAUACAUAAGUUUUUAUUAGUAUUUUUACAUAAAUAUUUUAAAAUAAUAUAAAUUAAUUGUAAUUCAUCACAUGUGUAAUUUUAUUUGAACAUUCACAAUUUAAAAACAGUUACUUUAGUUUUAACUGUAAUGUGAACAAAACGCCAUGAAGAGACAAAGGAAACGCCAGAUGUCGGCCGGACCGCGCCAAAAUACCAAAAAAAUUGUGUUAGCGUCGUACUUUGUUGUUCGUUUAUUUCAUUACAAACUGAUAAAUUAUCACUAACGUACCUUAUUUUAGUGUCCACUAUCUAGUUUAUAAUAUUGUUAAAUAAUUUUUAGCUUAAACUUACAUAAAACUGCUAAAAAUGGAAGUGUUUCCGGUAAGUUAUCCGUGUUCAAAUAUUGUGGAUUAAAUGUUUUCUAAUCGUGUAAAAAAGAACCUACCAAUUUCUUGGAUGGAAAGGAUGAAGUUGCAUGUCUCAUAGAGAUAAUAGAAGGCAGUCCUAUAAUUACGAGCAAGGAAACCAACGCCACUACCAACAGACUCAAAAAGAAGCAUGGGUGGCCCUUACGGCUGCCUACAAUGCCAAGUGUGGCUCCUUCCCCAAGCAGAAGGAACAGCUCAAAUUAAAAUGGGACAAUUUGAAAAAGAUGGCCCGAAAGAGAGCACAAAAAGUACGAAUGAAUAGUCUAAAGACUGGUGGUGGAAAACCUGACUUCAUCCCACCAGAUGAAUUGUUAGAAAAAGUAACAUCUCUUUUGGGGUCGACCUGCACUGGGUUCGAUGUCCCUUUUGGUGGUGACGGAUUAGGCGUUGGUAUGGUGCUGGAAUUGGAAGUCGGUGGGCUUGAACUUCAGAACCAGUCGGAUCAUUGUGAACCCGAAACUGAAGGGAAUGUGGUUCUGUGUCCAAGUCCAAAAAGAGACAAUAAAACAAAGCACCAUGUGAGGUGCAAUUAGAAGACCAAAGAUCAUUUACACCAAAAAAAUUUUUCGGAAUGCAGAGCAUGUCUAAAUGCUUGCAAACCAAAGCAAGGAAGAAAAAAGACGCAAGAGAUGAUGGGCGCCUUGAACUAAAUCUUGCUAUGGCCAAAUAUUAUGAGAAGGCUGAAAAAUUAGAUUUAGAAAUUCAGCUGUUAAAGAAAGAAAUUUCAGACAAAGAUAACAAUAGUGCUUAAAAAGUACUUAGAACUAGCAACUGAAAUUCUAAAUUUAAUUUUUUAGCCUUAUUUUAAUAUUAACCAUAUCCAUUUUUUAUAUUAACUAGUUUUUUUACCCUUUAGUGCCAUGUUAUUAGGAAUUAGGAUAAGUUUAUGACAAUUUUUUUUUUAAAUUGUUAAAAUAAG